CAUUUCUCCCCUCCCAGUGCUCCCAGUUUGCCCAGUCCGGGAUGUCUCUGGCGGACGAGCUGCUGGCGGACCUGGAGGAGGCGGCGGGGGAGGAGGAGGAGGCCGAAGGCUCCGAGGGGGGGGAGGAGCCCCCGAUCGAGGAGGUGCGCGAGGAGCCCGAGGAGCCCGAGGGCGCCGAGUCCGUCAGGAGCAUCGCCAAGCUCUGGGGGAGCAAGGGGUUGGGUGGAUUUUUGGGUGGAUUUUGGGAUUUCUGGGUGGAUUUUAGGAAUGGUUGGGAUUUUGGGUGGAUUUUGGGUGGAUUUGGCCGUUUCCGGGCAGUUCUGGGCCCGGUGGAGGCGGCCCCCGAGUACCGCGUCAUCGUGGACGCCAACAACCUCACGGUGGAGAUCGAGAACGAGCUCAACAUCAUCCACAAGUUCAUCCGGGACAAAUAUUCCAAACGCUUCCCCGAGCUGGAGUCGCUGGUGCCCAACGCGCUGGACUACAUCCGCACCGUCAAGGAAUUGGGCAAUUCCCUGGACAAGUGCAAGAACAACGAGAACGUGCAGCAGAUCCUGACCAACGCCACCAUCAUGGUGGUCAGCGUCACCGCCUCCACCACCCAGGGGUGCCACUUUGGGGCAUUUUGGGCAAUUUCGGGCAUUUCGGGGCAUUUUGGGAAUUUUGGGGAAUGCGUGGCAGGAGGCCUGACCCCGCUGUCCAAGCUGCCCGCCUGUAACAUCCUGCUGCUGGCCGUG